AUGUUCUCCCUGCCGACCCUCCCCUCCUGGCUCCCUGGCCUCCCCUCCCUGGAGUGGGGCUCCAGCCUCCUGGACUCCCUCCUGCAAGGCCUCAUCGGGGCCUGCGGAAUCUCCGUCCUAAGCAGCCUCCUGAAGGUUUAUUUCUUUGUGGACUGUACCAAGGACCCCAAACGACAGCAGUCUAAGAAGGAGCAGCUGCAGGCCCAGUGGGCCUCACUGGAGACGGUGCACCUGGUGGGGCUGGCCUUGAUCCUGACCGUCGUGGGGUCCCGGGUAGCUGCCCUUGUGGUGCUCGAGUUUUCCCUCCGGGCCAUCUCUACCCUGCUGUCCGUGGGCAAGGGUUCACAGGACACUGAGAGGCUGCAGCUCUACCUGCUGUGUCAGUAUUCACUGGGCUGUGGGCUGACCUGUGGCCUGAGCUUCCUGCAGGAGGGCGCCCCUCGCCGCACACUGAACCUGCUGCUGGCCCUCGGGCUGGCCGCGCUGCUUGGCACAGGGGCCUGGCGCCUCCACCGCCAUGUCUACCGCCUCUACGAGUUGCACAGCAGCCAGCAGUACUGCGGGGUGUGCCUGGUCCUGCUGGCUGACGUGGAAGGCCUCCCUGUGCUGCUGGGCCGGGCCCUGACGGUGACCUUUGCUGUGGGCAACCUGGCGGCUGUGGCCCUCAUCAACCAGGACUUCCUGACCACCUCAGAGGCCGUGCGCUUCUGGACCCCGCUCACCAUCUGCUACACGCUGCUGGUCAUCUACAUGCAGGAGGAGCAGCGACAGCACCCCGGCAUGCAGAGCCAGGUGCAGACGGUGCUGGUCCGCAUGGGCGGCCUCUUUGUGCUGCUGCUGACCGUGGGCCGCUGGCUGGACCUCCUGGGCAUCCUUGUCUCCCUGCUGGGUGAGCUCUGGUGCCUGGCAGGCACCCGCACCCUGCUCCACCUUUGCCACAGACAGGAUUUUCCAUCCCAGAGUCCUUCUGUGUCAGCACCAAGGCAGCCCCGGCCACUGGCAGAUGCCCAGCCCCGAAGCACGGCCCCUUCCUGA